UGAAUUAAUUUAUUAAAUAAAUGAAUAAAUAAACACUUCCUUGAGACUGGCUUGCGGGGACUGGUCUUCAGAACCACCAUCACAAGUUUGUCUUGCGUUUAUCUCGAGCAGAACCUUGUGGUCAUAUCUCUGAGGUGGCCCCGGUGUGUCCAGUGCCUGUUUUAUGUAGAAAAGCCCCCGUAGUUUGAGCUGAUCAGGAAAAGGGAAAAACAAAACAAAAACAGGCAACAUGACAACCCUUUCUGAAAAGGACAAGAACAUAGUCCAAACUUUCUGGGCUAAAGUGGCUGGCAGGGAGGAGGACAUCGGUUGUGAUGCUGUCUCCAGGAUGCUGACAGUGUACCCCCAGACCAAGACUUACUUCUCCCACUGGAAGGACCUUAGUCCCGGUUCUGACCCGGUGAGGAAGCACGGAACAACCGUGAUGGCUGCAGUUACUGAUGCUUUCAGCAAAAUUGAUGAUCUCACCGGUGGUCUUCUGAGCCUCAGUGGGCUGCACGCCUUCAUUCUGAGAGUGGACCCUGCAAACUUCAAGGUUCUCUCUCACAACCUCCUUGUGGUCCUGUCCACCACAUUCCCCAACGACUUCACC